AUUCUCACCAUUUCAUUCAUUUGGUGGUUCUUUUCUUGUCUCUGUACCUCUGUUAUCUGUGUAUUGUUUUAUGUCUAUUUUCCAAUAAUCCAAAAAAAAAAAAAAGUGGAAAAUGUCGGGCACCGAAGUUGGUAUUGCUAUUGCUGGCAAAGUUGCAGAGAACCUGCUGGUUGAUCGAAUUUUCAAUCCAAUCUGGAACAGAAUAGCUCGUGUGUUCAAAUGGAAGACUAAUUUAAAGAAUCUGGAGAAAGAAGUUAAGAAGCUGGUGGCUGAAAGCGAGAGUGUGCAGAAAUUUAUGGAAGCUGCUGACAGAAGAGGGGAAGAGGCUCUGCCGAACGUCAAGAUUUGGCUGGCUGCUGCAGAGAAGUACAUUGGAGAGAUGAAGUUAGAGGAUGAUGAAGACAAGGCCAAGAAGAAGUGUUUCCUAGGGCUCUGUCCUAAUGCCAGGGCACGUUACCAAAUCAGCAAGAAAGUGGAGGAGUAUUUGGUGGAUGUUACUCGACUCCUAAAAGAAGCUGACAAAUUCGAGAUCCCAGAUUUCUACUGUCCUCCAAAAUCUACAGCACCAGUUAAUAAAGGUUUUGAGGACUUCGAGUCCAGAACGCCUGAUUUGGACCGUGUUAUGGAGGCCUUGAGAAGGGCUGGCACUGACAAGAUAGGUGUUUACGGGAUGCCUGGUGUUGGAAAGACCAUGUUAGCCAAAGAAGUUGCCAGACGAGCUGAGGAAGCCCAUUUAUUCGAUGCAAUUGUAUUUGCUUCUGUGACAAAGGAUCCAGACUUGAAAAGAAUUCAAGGAGAAAUUGCUGACAAAUUAGAUCUACAGCUUCAUGGGGAGACUGAAUUUGGGAGAGCAAAUCAACUAAAGGCAUAUCUGAAGAACAAGAAGAGGAUUCUUGUGAUUUUAGAUGACAUCUGGUCGAGGCUUGAUUUGGAUGAACUUGGAAUUCCUUUUGAAGAAAAAAAGAAUGAGGCAAGUUCAAUUGGUGAAGAACAGAUGCAAUGCAAGAUUCUCCACACAUCAAGAUUUCUCGAUGUCUUAUCACGUGACAUGGAUACCAAUCAAAAUUUUGAUGUUCGCCCAUUGCGAGAUGAAGAAGCAUGGGAGCUUUUGAAGAAGAUAGUUGGUGAUGAAAUUGAAAAUUCUGGCUUGCAGCUUACAGCAAUGGAGAUUGCCAAAGAAUGUGCUGGGCUACCACUAGCCAUUCAAUCUCUUGGCAAGGCUUUGAGAGGAAAGGGAUCUUAUGAAUGGAGGGAUGCUCUGCUACAACUAAAAAAGCCCUCUCUAGAGAACUUCACGGGGAUCUCUGCAAAUGUUUAUUCUGCAAUUGAAUUGAGUUACAAAUAUUUAGAAAGAGAAGAACUGAAGCAAACUUUCUUGCUUUGUAGUUGCUUGGGACAAAAUGCUUAUAUAGAAGACGUGCUAACAUAUGGUAUUGGCUUGAGCUUAUUUCAGAAUGUCAGCACAAUAGGAGAAGCACGAGACAGACUACUAACAUUGGUUAGUAAUCUAAAAUCUUGUUCUUUGUUGCUUGAUGGGAAUAGCGAUACUCGCAUUAAAUUGCAUGAUAUUGUCUUUGAUGUCGCCAUAUCCAUUGCCUCAAAGGACAACCAUGGGUUAAUAUUAACACAUGAUAACAUACCCAAAAAGUGGUCUGAUAGGGAGGCCAUGGGAGAUGUCAAAUGGAUUAGUAUACGACAUGCUAAUAUUAGUGAGCUCCCUGAUGAGCUGGAAUGUCCGCAACUUACCUUAUUCUAUUUAGCUAGCAAGAAUCCUUCUAUGAAAAUUCCAGACAAUUUUUUUCGGGGAAUGCCAAAUCUCAGAGUCUUGGAUUUUACCAGGAUGCAUUUCUCAUCCAUGCCUCCAUCAAUUUGCCUCCUGAAAAACCUCCAUACAUUACAUAUGAAUCGAAGUGUUAUAAAAGAUAUAGCUAUUGUUGCAGAGCUGAGUGGUUUGAAAGUCCUUAGCCUUUCAGGAAGUGAUAUUGAAGAGUUGCCAGUGGAAAUUGGACAUCUGACCCAACUAAAGUUUUUAGAUUUGAGCUAUUGUACUAAGCUCAAAGUGAUACGACCCCAUGUCUUAGAGAGUUUGUCCAGGCUAGAAGAACUGGAUCUGCAAAACAGCUUCAAUCAAUGGGAUGCUAACGGACUUGGAAAUCAAAGAAAUGCUAGCCUUGUCGAGUUGAAGAAUUUACAUUACCUAGUUGCUCUAGAUUUGCAUGCAUGUGAUGUCCAGCUUGUUUCAGAGGAUUUGUUCUCUGAAAGAUUGAAAAGAUACAAGAUCUUCAUUGGAGAUGUGUGGAGCCGUUGGGACAGAUCAUUCAGAAGCUCAAAAAUAUUGAAACUAGAGUUGAAUACAAGCAUUAGUUAUGAACAUUCUAUUUGCAUGUUGAUGAAGAAAACAGAAGAACUACAUCUAGAGAAACUGAAGGGUGUCAAGAAUAUAGUUUCUGAGUUAGAUGCCGAAGGUCUUCAGGAACUGAAGUAUCUUUAUGUCCAAAAUGCUCAUGAGAUUCAGCAUAUCAUUAGCUCAGUGCGACAAAUUCCUUCCCAUGCAUUUUCCUCCUUAGAACUCAAAAGUUUGUUCCCGUUCUCCAUAGCUAGACGGCUUCUCAAACUUGAAGAAAUUAGAGUAACAGAUUGCAGUGAUAUGUUAGAGUUUGUUAAAGAGGAGAGGCAAGGUGCCACUAAUGAUAUUGAUAUUGCAGAAGAAGAUCCAAAUUUUGAACUAGCCCAGCUACGGUCCUUGAAAUUGCAGUAUUUGCCAAAGUUCAUUAGAUUAUGCCAUGAAAAUGAGGAAACAAAUGAUUCAAGUUCCAGUCCUGCACCACUUUUCAAUGCAAAGGUUGCGUUUCCCAGCUUGGAAGAAUUGGAAAUCUUUGGCUUGAAGAAGUUGAGGAUCAUAUGGCACCACCAACUCCCUGCAGAUUCCUUCUGCAAACUAAAAAUUUUAUCGAUUUGUUGUUGUGAUAAAUUAUUGAAUAUUUUUCCAUCUUAUAUGCUUGCUAGAUUAUUGACAUCAGUGGAAGAGUUGGUGGUAGUAUCUUGUGGGAGUCUAAAAGAGAUAUUUGAACUUGGAGAAUUGAAUGUGGAAGAGUCACGUGCUGUGGUAAACACUAUGUUAAGAGAGUUUGUUUUGGUACGUUUACCAAGGUUGAAGCAUUUGUGGAGCAAGAAUCCCAGCGGAAUUCUCACUUUGCGGAACUUGCAGACUGUGGUAGCUGUUGGUUGUCAGAACCUCCAAAAUAUGUUCCCAGCUUCAGUGGCAAUGGGGCUUCAGCAACUUGAAGUUUUGAAUAUACCAGUUUGCUUGAUGAUGAAGGAAGUUGUAGCAUUGGAAGAAGGAGAUGAAACAGUUCCUAGGUUUGUGCUUUCUCGUUUAUCUACUCUGAAGCUGUGUGUUCUACCAGGACUCAAAUAUUUCUAUCCUCAGAAACACGUAAUAGAGAGCCCCAUGUUAAAAGAUUUCUAUUUAGAUCUACGGAACUCUUUUAAAGAAACAGAAGGAGAGAGGCUUGGCAAAUUUCCAGUUCAACUACCACUUUUCUCUAUAAAAAAGGUAUGAGCCUCAGUUACUAAACAAUUUUGUAGUAACUCUUUUUUUGUUCUUUUUGGCUUUUGCUUCCGAGUUCUGGUUAGAUCUAUUAUUUAUCAGUUGUCAAAACAAAAUUUAACAGCCGUUGUUCAUAAGGAGAAUAAUUCGCUAUAAGCAAU